AUGGCUCGAACAACCAUGUCCCCAGGCAGUCAUUGGCCUAGAACCAGCACGCUGCGAGGAUGUCGAACCAAUCGUCUUCUUCGAAUGUUCCUCCUGUUCGGCCAGACUUUGAUUGGACUUUCAGUUCUAUCUACUCCGUUGCAGGCCUUUGCUUUUGGCAGCCUUGGCACCAAUUCAGCGGUUCGCAGUAGCAGUUUACGACUCCUCGAACCGCGGGCGCUGUCAAUCCACGAGAUGAACAUGACUAGAAGCACCGCCUCCCGUGAGGGCCAGCCGGUCGUCGCCAUCAACCCCACAAACCCCGACAAUAGUGUCUUCGUGUCGACACGCUUCUAUCCUCUACCUGAACUUGAGCCCGUUGGGGGUUGCUUUCUGACCUAUACGCUCGACCGCGGAACCACCUGGAAUAACGUCACAGUGGAUUUCCCCUUAGGUGCCACCCCGAAGUGCGGCGAGCCACAGGUCUUUGUCGACGCGAAUGGGACGUUUUAUCUCCUCAACAACCAGGUCUUCUCCGACUUGGAAGAUAAUAUUGCCGCUCAUCUCCAGUUGUCCAAGUCCAUUGACGGAGGCAAAACGUGGAGUGUUCCAUCUGUGACAGCGCUUCAUAUGCAAGGUGCGACAAAGCUGCGGGUCGACGUGGCUACGGGCAAGGUCUCAGACGGUGGCAAGACCUGGGCUGCUUUCAAUCAAAUCCCCGGUCCCAUGGACGUUUGCCUGGACUAUCAGAUUCCAGACCCGCCUCCAAUCUGCGGAUUCCCCGGCAGAUCUAUUGUAGUUCACGACAGCACUCUGGCUUCGGCUGCGGAGGGCUCGAAAGGACACCCAGAGAUCCGAGGCAACUUCGUGGCAAACGGCACCGGCCCGAUGCUGGCGAAGUCUGGCAUUGGUCUUCCUAGUGAUCCGACGCCGUGGGUGUCCGCAGACCCUACCUCAACGGGUCGUUUCGCGCUUAUGGUUCCACGCGACUUCACGCUGGAGUUUUAUAUCAUAGAUACCGCAGGUGAAAGAUUCACAGGUCCGGCCGUUAUUCAGACUCCUAAUGCGCAGCGCCCUGCCUUCGACUUUGGUCCGAAUGGCCUCCUUGGUGUCAUGUGGCGCACUAAUUCGUCAUCUAUCCUCGAUGUCUCCUCGACGGUAUCUUUUGACAGUGGACGCAACUUUGCUGCACCGAUCAAGGUGACGGCACAGCCGCAGCCUGUUGGUCAAAAUGGUCAGCCAGGCGACCGAGCUUCCUUUGUCUCGCUCACUCAUACCUUUGCUUAUGUUGUCUGA